GUUAUUAUUGCGGAUAACUACACGAUUAUCUUUAUCGCUACUGGACCAAUUCACAAACAGCCGUUGGGACAAGUUUUUGUGAUUGUAUUCAUCGCUGUGUUUAUUACAUCGGUUUUGUUGAUUGCCGACAGUUUUCUUUACCGCUAUCUCCAGGUUUGCAAGCAUCAUCUCUUUGAACAUAUUCUGGCUCCACAAAAUAUUUCAAUCAUAAUUUUCAUUAACAUAGCAAUUUUUGCUAACUGGAUCGCAUUUAUGUACAUAGUAUGCUGGCCAAAUGAAGCAGUUGCUGGAAGUGUCGGCCACAUUGUUCGAGCAAUAACUGGUCUGGAUCCUUCCGAGUGCGCAUAUAUUGGACUUUCCAUAAAG